GAUACCCACGCACAGGCCCUGAUGGGCCACCUGCACGCGCCCAACUCGGACCCUAUUCGGCUUGACCUCCAGGUAUGCGCGACUGGGCUGGGCGCGCAGACGGACAUCCAAGGCAUUAUGUUCCGCUGGGGCCAUUUGCUGUUUGUGUGCCAGCAGAUGCGCAGCGACAGCACGCCCGACUCGGGCAUGAUUGGCCAGACCGACUCCAGCAAGGGCCCUGUUGGCAAGCGGUAGCGGCAGAGAGGUUGAUAACAUCUUGUCGAGCUACAAUUUUCAAACGCCGCCAAGCGACGACCCUGCACGCGGCAGCUCCAGCGCUCUAUCAGCAACAGCAACAGCAGGAAUGACACCGACAACAAGCGAUUUUGUCACGCGCUUCGAUGCUCCCGGUUUGUCGACAUACGCAGGACCUGUGCAUCACCGGGCAGCUAGCAGGUACCAGGGCGCAGGCACACAGCAAACAAUGCACCAUCAUUUGGGGUCGGUUCAGGAAACACGGCCGUUUUCAAUUCCACGCGCGCCGGCAUCGAUUGCUGCCACUUUGCCUAUACGCCCACCGGCUGUUUCGUCAUUGUCCGACUCGGCCAUACCCCCGCGACGACAAUCCUCGUACACGCUGCCGCCGGUCAAGUCUUUCGAGGAAAGACGAUUUUCCUACCCGACACAACCAAUUAAUGCGGAUGGCAGCAGUCAGGCACUGCCACCGCCGCCUCCGAUGCCAUCGCUUCCAUCACUCCCGCAUCACCAGCAACAGCAACAUCAGCACAGUGCCCCUUGUGGAUCGGUCAAUUCUAGCCCGCUGAGCAACACCCUCACGCGCGGCAGUCCAGCGAGCGCAGUGGCCAGUCCCAGCGGUCGUCUCUCCGAGCUGCGGCAGCGGGUUAUUGUUGGCGCGACGAUAAGAGCCAACGGGUCGCUGUAUACGGGGGUUAGUCCGGCCGGAUCUGCGUCGACACAGCCGACACCAACGAUAUCGCCGUUGUCUGCUGGCAUAGUACAGUACACACCGGUAUCGCUGUCGCCUGCGCCGCAGUCCGGUUCGCUAUCGGGUGCUCCGCGAGUCAAUGUAUAUCCCCCGCCAGAGGUCACUGAGUCGUGGCGGUGGGCCCAGAGCUCUAUGCAGCCACAACAGUUACCACAACAGCCACAGCAGUCACAACAGUUGCCUCAGCAGUCCCCUUAUCACCAGACGCUGCCACACCAACACCAACAUCAACACCAACAUCAACACCAACAUCAACACCAACAGCAGCAGCAGCAACCACCACCACCACAGCCACAGCAGCAGCAGCAAUAUCCUCAUCACAUGGCGCUGCAGCAGCAUAAUUCGCAGUCGUUUAGCUCUAUAACUUCGCAGAGACCUCCGCCUCCCCCUCCAUUGACUAUCAACCGCAACUCAAACCCCAAUUCCCCUCACCCAUUCAGCAUCAUGCACGGCUCGAUCAUGGAGCACUACCAGUCGCCUAUGAAUUCGUCGGUGGCCUCGCCCAACGUCAUCGGUACCCCAUUGCCAGCGUCUUUGGCACACCGCAACGGCGACUCUGAAAAGAAAACAUGCAAGAGCUGCGGGACCGACUCGAGCCCCGAAUGGAGAAAAGGCCCGACUGGCCACAAAACGUUGUGCAAUGCGUGUGGGUUGAGAUACGCGCGGUCCAUAAACAGGGCGAACAAGAGAGUAACCGGUUAACGACUAUUCCCCCAAUUUCCUAAUAUUUUUGUGCUCAAGCAUUUUCACCUUGGACCUCAACACCGAUAUUUGUGCUCCUGAUUCAUAAUUUUAUAUAUAUAUGUUUAUUUAUCAACUAGAGCCCACAUUAUAUAUAUUUAGGACUAGAACCCCCUCCUCAUCCCAGUACAUCAUUUCACACUUUUAAUUAGUUUUAUUUAUUCCUUUUCCUCUCAUUCUUUCGACACGCACUCACACUCACACUCACACACUAUUUUUUAUUAUUUGCAGCACUUGCAUUACAACCCACUGCAAACACAUGUCUUCAUAUUUAAAACAUUUUUUACUGCACAGCCUUUAUAUUUAUUAAUAUUAUAUUUAUUGCUUAGUUUAUUGUUCAUUCUUUUUAUCUCCAUGUCAUCUCCAAGCGCCAUUUAU